GACUUUUCCCUGGCGCCACGUGCUUUGUUGAUGACGCCGCAUGUCAAGUUUAUAUUGUUUUCUGUUGCUCUUGUUUGGGGAUUCAGUGAGGAAGAUUUUGGUGAUUCAGGUGCUCCAGGAAGGUCAGAAUGGGCAAACGUGGAGGAAGACCUGGAGGACGAUUUCAUGGGCAGAAGAGAAAAUUCCCAGGAAGCUCCAAAUCCACAGAAUUCAGCGAAAAUUCCACGGAGAAUCAUCAGAGGGAGAUGAUAAAUGUCCAGGAAGUGGAUGUUGGGAUCACUGAGUACGCUGGAAGUGCUGAGGGGUUCACUGGAGUGAUCAAGUGCAAAUAUUCCGACUUCCAGGUCAAUGAAAUUGAUCAGGAUGGGAAUGUUGUCAAACUGACCGACACAUCCCUGCCAAAGUGCCUAAAUAUCAUCCCAGAUGCCCAGGAAAGUGGUCAGGAAGAGUCUCCGCUAGCACAGGAGACUGUUGAAGCACUUGAGAAGCUCCUGAGUGCGGAAGACCCGAAGGAAGUUCACGAAAUUGAUGUGACAGAGAUGAGCAAAGAGAUGCGAACGAGGAUUCAUUCAGGAAUCCGGGAGUUGUUUGACAAGGCCAUCAUCUCCAACACGAUUGCACGGGAGGAUAGGAAGUUCAUCAAGUGCUUCAGAGCCAACAAAGCCAAACCGGAAAAGGAGAGAACUCGAUGGCUCUGGCCACAUCAGUACAUCCACUUUGUACUGCACAAGACAAACUUAGAUACAAUGCGUGCUGCUUCGUUCCUGGCACAGAAUCUCGGCGUCAAAGUAUCCUGCCUCACGUAUGCAGGAACAAAGGAUAAGCGUGCCCUAACAUCCCAGAUGUUCUGCAUUAAACGCCGGGAGCCGCAGAAAAUCCUGGAAGCAGCCAGGAGGACACAAAACGUCAUGGUUGGGAAUUUUUCUUCCCGUCCGGAAGUUCUCAAAUUGGGCCACCUGCGCGGGAAUCGCUUCCGGAUUGUUUUGCGUGAGAUCACAGCCACUGAAGACAAUAUCCGGGAAUCGCUUGAGAGCUUCCGGGAGCGUGGAUUCAUCAACUACUACGGCCUGCAGAGAUUCGGGAAUUCCGCCAUAGUCCCGACUUAUUUGAUCGGGAAAGCCCUCCUCAAGGGAAACUGGCGGGAAGCUUGUGAAUUAAUCCUUAAACCGCGUCCUGGAGACCUGCCACCCAUGCAGCGUAUCCGGGAGUGCUGGUGGGAGACGAGGGAUGCUCAGAAAGCUCUGGAUCUCAACACGGGACACAUUAAAUGCAUUGAGAUUGAUUUGCUGCGGGGUUUGGCACAGCAGGGGCCGAAUAACUUUGUGGGGGCUCUGGAGCAGGUGCCAAGGAAUACGAGGCUGCUGUACAUUCAUUCCUAUCAGAGCCUCAUCUGGAAUAAAAUUGCUUCCAGACGUUUCAAAUUGGGCCUUCAACCCUUGGCGGGAGAUUUAGUUUUCCGCGAAGAUGGUGCUGUGAAACUUUCAGAGUCUCUCGAUGAGGAUUUGGAAGCUAGUGAGGAGAAGAAUGAAGAACAAGAGGAAGGUCAGGAAGUUGAGGAAGAAGUCCAGGAGAGCAAAUUUAAAUCAAUGGUGCGAAGUUUAACGGAAGAAGAAGCAAAAUCCAGCUCUUGGAGCAUUUUUGACGUUGUUCUGCCACUUCCUGGACACGAUAUAACAUACCCAGACAAUGAAUGCGGGGCCUGGUACCAAGAACUCCUGGCCAGUGAUGAUCUUUCAUCGGAAAAAUUGAAGCAGAAAAACAAGACCUACUCCCUCGGGGGGACUUACCGGAAGUUUAUGGCUAAGCCUGAGAAACUCACGUGGAGCCUAGCCAAGUAUAACACGACAAAUGAUCUGCUUCUGCCCUCAGAUGUUGAUGAGCUACGCGGGAAAAAAAUCCCGGAAUAUCCGGAUGGAGAUAAAACAGCCCUGCUGCUUGAUUUCUGCCUUCCAUCGAGCACCUACGCCACCAUGGCCCUCAGGGAGGUUCUCAAGUCAGAUACAUCCACUGCGGCACAGAUAAAAUUGAAUCCAAAGGAGGAUUUCUCAGCCCCUUCUGAACCAGAAGCCGUUAAGAAGACAAAAAUUUGAAAUUCCGUGGAUAAUUUUGCCGCUAGGUGGCUGCCAUAACCUCACUUUAUUGUUUAUUGAGAAGAAAAAUAAACAUUUUGACGAUU